CCGGAAGUGACGCUAUCCGGUUGCACAUGGCCGCGUCCCGUAAGGAUGCCGCUCGUAGUGUUUUGCGGGCUGCCAUACAGCGGCAAGAGCCGGCGGGCGGAGGAGCUCCGUGGGGCGUUAGCGGCCGAGGGCCGCGCGGUGUACGUAGUGGAUGACGCGUUGGUGCUGGGUACGGAGGACGCGACGGUGUAUGGCGAUUCGGCCCGUGAGAAGGCGUUGCGCGGGGCCUUGCGAGCCGCAGUGGAGAGGCGCCUCAGUCGCCACGAUGUAGUCAUCCUCGACUCGCUUAACUACAUCAAGGGCUUCCGCUACGAGCUCUACUGCCUGGCGCGGGCGGCGCGCACUCCGCUCUGUCUGGUAUAUUGCGUACGGCCGGGCGGUCUGAGCGGGGGACCUCGGGUGGCUGAUGCGGUGGACCACCGAGGCCUGAACCUCAGUGUGAGUUGGAGGCCGCGCACUGAGGAAAGAGGGAGACCUCUGGCGGUGGGCACCCCUGUCCUCAGGGAACCACAAGCAGUGGACUCUGUAGCAAGCGGGAGAACCCAAGCAGUUGUACCUAAGGAACUGGAGCCGGAGGAAACCGGGGUGCCAGAUCUUCCAGCUCCUGUGACUUCAGAAUUUGAUACAUGUGAAAAGCGUAUGGUCAGUACCUUUUACUCUCCUGAACUUAUGGAGGCCCUAACGCUGCGCUUUGAGGCUCCCGACUCUCGGAACCGCUGGGACCGGCCCCUGUUCACCUUGGUGGGCUUAGAGGAGCCAUUACCCCUGGCAGAGAUACGGGCUGCCUUGUUUGAGAACCAGGCUCCCCCACCCCAUCAGUCUACACAGUCCCAGCCCCUUGCCUCCGGCAGCUUUCUGCACCAGUUGGAUCAGGUCACCAGCCAGGUGUUGGCAGGACUGAUGGAAGCUCAGAAGCGCGCGGUCCCUGGAGACUUGCUUAAGCUUCCUGGCACCACGGAGCACCUGCAGUUUACCCGGCCUUUGACCAUGGCAGAACUGAGUCGCCUCCGUCGCCAGUUUAUUUCCUACACCAAAAUGCAUCCCAACAAUGAGAACCUGCCUCAGCUGGCCAACAUGUUUCUGCAGUAUCUGAGCCAGAGCCUGCACUAAACAAGAGGAGGUGUGGGGGGAAAGCCCUGGCUCCUUGUCUAACCUCCACUGCUCUCUGUGUUUCUUGAUAAAGUAAUCUGAAGGUCUACAGAGCAUGUUGAUGUGUCGUACUACAGCUGUUGUGACUGAUUUUACUCACAUUUUCCUCUGAGUGCCUCUGUUGUGACAGGCCUUGAGUUACAGCAUAAAUUGAGACUAGAGAAAAUGGAGAACUGGCUUGGAGGAUCUUGGCAAUUUUCUCCAGGACAGAGCUCAGGUGGACAGGAUUUGUUUAGAUUGGGUUCUACCUGUGGUGUCACACACCCAGGAUUUCCCCCAUCUGAAUUGUAGGAGAGCAGACUGGAUGGAUGAAUUUUUUUUUAAACAAUUGUGAGUGGAAACUGAAGAUGAGACAGUUCUGCAUCUGCACUGGCCUUUCUUUCAUACCAGUUUUUAAAGUACUGUGUCUACUUUUUGCUAGUCUGUCCUGGGGCCAGGGGUCACUGAUAAAUCCACUGGUUUCUGUCCUUGGGAAGCUUUGGUUCUAGUGGAAGCAAAAGACAUAACUAUUAGAGUUUACAUCUAAUAAAAUCUUUUAGAAGAAAGUCUGCUGGAAUCUCUUUUGCUUCAUGUAACUUAAUGUUCUUCAUGUAAUUUACUUAAUGUAACAUUUAGAGACACAUGUAUCACUGUUAUGCCUUUGACCAAAAUAGUACUUUGACAGUGCUUGAUAAGAGACUGGAUAUUUGGUCUAACCUAGAGUGAUGAUGACAGCUUCCAUAAGUGUUGUGCUUCAUUCUUUAUUUCAAGGCAAAUAACACUUUAAGCUUUUUCAUUCUUUCACUGAUUUUAUUAAAUAAAAAUCAGCACUUGUGAUUUUCAAAGAUGAAUUAGAUAUGUCUUUGCCCUUGAGAAAUUAAUAGUUUGGUGAGAAAUACAAGUAAACAUGAUUAUGGUGUAAAAAUGUCGGUGUUUACAGGAUAAUGACAGAAUGGUUUGGGACUCCAGAAAAGGAAAGGACUAAUUAGCCGUUGAGAGAAGAUAGUUUGGGGAAGGCUUGUAGAGGGGUUAAUAUUUGAGCUGUUACUGUAGAACAUGUGUCAGCAAAGCAUCAAAUAGUAAAUGUUUUAGCCUUGUGGGCCAUAGGGUCUCUGUUGUAGCUUAUUAGCUGUAGCACAUUUUAGCACAAAAGCAACCAUAUACAAUAAGUAUACAACUGAAUAUGAGUACGUAUGUGUGUGUGUGUUUGUGUUUAUUUAAGUGAUUUCUACACCCAAGCGGGGCUCCAACUCAUGACCCUGAGACCAUGAGUUGCAUACUAUUACAGCUGAGCCAGCCAGGCACCUCAGUAUAAGUGUGCUUGAAUAAAACUACACCAAAAUGUGUAUUGUAUUUAAUUUUCACAUAUCACAAGGGGGACUAUUUUUAGAUUUGUUUUCAACCAUUUAAAAAUGAAAAAAAAAAAUAGCUUGUAUCUUACAGCUCUACAGAAGCAGGCAGUGGCCUGGACCAGGUCUGCAGAGAUUUGCUGAUCUCUGCUGUAGAAGGAUAAAUAAGAGUUUACUAGAGAGGGAGGAGGGAGCAAGGCAUUCCAAACUGCUCUGUAAGUGCAUGGAGCUAUUGAAAGGUUGGGCUACCUUGGUGGUGGGUUUCUUGCUCAUUAGGCAGUCUGGACCACCUUUUGUUAUAUUUGAUAUAGUGGAUGUAUUAUAGUUACAUAUGCUAUAUUAGAUGAUGUAUAUUAGAAUUCCUGUGUGAAAGGAAGGUUUGGACUAGGCAACUUCUAAUGCCUUUUCCAACCUCUGUUCUCAGAUUCAAAGUUAGUUAUUGGUUGUGGAUUGCGAUUCUAAAUUGAAGUAGACAGUAAUGGUCAGAAAGAACAUUGGUUUUAGAGUCAGACUUAAUGAAUUAGGUCAUAAAUGACAGAACCUAGAUUUUAUGUGGCCAAAUAUUUAAUCUCUUGGGAGUCUCAGUUUUCUUAUUUCUAUUAUGAGAACGUUAGUAGUAUAUACAUUAGGAUUAUUGUGAGGAUUUAAAUGAGAUAAUGCCUGUAAAGCACAUAGCACAAUGUAUAAUAAAUGGGUAGCAUAUUUUGGUUAUUAUUAUUAUUAUUAUUAUUAUUAUUAUUAUUAUGGUUACUUAGAUCCCACUUCUCACAUAAGUUUUUCCUGCUUAUUUGGUUUUUACGACUAUUAGAGGUACAAAUCCACCCCGGAUUUGUAGUAGGCCUCUAAUGAGGUAUUGAAUAAUUCAUUUGACAAUUAAUUAUGUGUAUUUAGAAUAGUGUCUAGUACAUAGUAAAUGCUAUGCAUUUAUCAAUAUAUUCAAUAAUAUCAAUAAUAUUCUAUGUGCCACAUGUAAGGCAUGUAGGGAGAGCUGAGUUCUUUGCUUUAGGGAACUCCCGAGUCUAUUGCAGGGAGAUGGGUAAGUAAUAGAGUAAAUAUAGUAAAUGCAAUGAUUGUAUUGUGUAGUGUGGUGUUACAGGGGUUGUAUGAUUCAGAAAGCCAUGCUGCUUACAUAGGACUUUCCUACAAGUUGGCAUUUAAGCCUUGAGAGCUUAAGGACUUCAUUUGGCCAAGACUGGUUCAGGUGGAUGAUGUUGCUCAUCAUUUAAAAAAAGAGAAAAAAGUUUUUUCCUCCCUGUAUAAAGAUUACAUUUAAUUGUAGAAAAAAUGGAAAAUAUAGAAAAAGUAUAGUAAAAUCCACAAUCCCAUUAUCUAGGGAUAACUAUUAUGUUUUGGUAUAUUUCAUUUCAUUUUAGGGUCUUUCCUCUGUACAUAGUUGUACAAUUAAAUCCAAACUGUAGAUGAUAAUUUUAUAUUCUGUUUU